AUGGCGCAAGGCGCGACGCUCGCGCGCGUGGCUUUUGCUCCCGCUGCGCAAUCGCCGCUGCCGGCGCCGGCGGGGCUUCCGUCAGCUGCAGCUCCGUACUCCGAUCUUCACGCCGCAGUCUCCGCCGUGUUUAGCGGGCCGUCGCCAAUCCCAUUAUCUGCUGCCGCCGAUGGCGCGUCGCCGUCGCUUCCGUACAGGCUCGUCGCGAGUGACAGUAACGAGGGGUUGCUGUACUGCUGGCGGCCCGGCGGCGAGGCGCUGACUGUCGUGGGAUGCGGUACGCGCGCAGCGAGCGGCGCUUACGCGGAUGCGGACUCAACGGAGGAUCCGGCCGCGGGCGCGUGUGACUCCAUCCGCAUGCCGCUCUCCCCAGCCCCGUCCGCGCCGGUGCGGCAGCUGCUGCUCUCCCCCUCUGGGCGCUCCCUCGCGCUGCUCUCGCCCUCCGCCCUCGCCGUUGCGGACGUCUCCUCUGCCGCGGCGCGCCUGCGCACACACGCGGGCAAGCCGGCGCUGGGGGGAGAGAUGCGCGCGGAGGAUGCUGAUGCUGUUCCGUGUGUGCGAGUGGCAGACUUUCAGGGGGAGGCGGUGCACGUGGUGCAGGCGGCAUGGCACCCCCUCAGUGACGCGCACAUCGCCCUCCUCACCUCCGACAACGUCUUCAGGCUGUACGACAUCUCAGCAGCCGCCCACUCUGCAGCCACCGCCCCACAGCAGCGCGCAGCAGCCACGGCAGCAGUGGAGCAGGAGUACGUGCUGCAGCCCGCCACGUCAGCUGCCACGUCAGCUGGUGCAGCAGCAGGUGGAGGGAGUGCAGGGGCGGGGUCGCCCGGUGCGUGCGUGGGGUUUGCCUUAGGUGGCGACCACAUCUGGGAGCGCUUCUCUGUCUUCUUCUGUUUUCAGAAUGGCUCCAUAUACGCGCUCUGCCCUCUGCUGCCCUUCAACUCGUGGGUGUCUGCAAAAGCCCUUGCAGAGCUAAGGGCCGACGCCGAUUGCUGCUCCCUCUCCGCACCUGCACGCACACACGCGCUCCUCGCCUCCUCCUGGCUCUCCCACUCCUUCCCACAACCCCGAACCCCCCCGCACCGAGCACACUUACAACACUCCUCCCCUUCCCCGGAUGCCGCCGCUGGCUCUCGGCUGAUGCUUCUUGGGUCGGGGCAGGAGAGGGAGCAGGCGGGGGAGGCUGGGGGAGCCGGGCUGGUGAAAUCCGCUCGCUAUGCCAUUGGGAGCUCAUCACUCGUGCUGCAGGGCCCCUUUCCCACCAUAACCGGAGACGACCCAUCCCUCUCCUCCCCCUCCUCCUCGCCCCUCCACCCCUCCUCCUCCUCUUCUCUCCCUCCAUCCCCCCAAUCGCUGCCCUGCUGCGUGGCGCUAACAGUGGUGGGGCAGGACAGUGUGCUGCUGGUGGGGGAGAGGGGCGGCGCAGUGCGAGUGCUGGUCAUGGCGGACGAGGUGCAUCCCAUGUGGGACACUGCCCGCGCGCCCUCUCUUGUCUUCUCUUCCCGUCACGCCACGCUGCAAUCGGUUGCCAUGACUGCUCGCUCACAACUGCUGCCUGUGCCGUCCCCAGGUGCUGCUGCUGCUGGUGGUGCUGCUGGUGGUGCUGCUGGUGGUGCUAGUGGUGCCGAUAGUGCAGGGGAGGGAGGGACAGACGGUGCUGUGGUGUGGGCUGGCCGUCCCCCCCCAGUGCUGCUCUUCGGCCGAGUCGACCUCUCACUGCCCUCUACCUCCUCCCCUCUCCCUACUUCAUCCAAGUCACCACCGCCACCAUUGUCCAAGUCACAGCCGUCCAAGUCACAAUCACAGUCACAGUCACAGUCACAGUCACGCCUGUCAGCAGCAGCAGCAGCAGCAGCAGCAGCAGCAGCAGCAGCGAGUGCAUCGGUAGCAUCCCCUUCGCCGCUGCAUCAUCUCCCGCGCAUAGACCUGCAUGUGGAUGCGCGCGUGCCUGACUUUGUGCUGUGUGCGCACGCAUGGGGCGUGGAUGCAGUGCUGCUGCGCUGGCUGCCCUUCUCAGAUCACCACGACGCCCUCUCCGCCCGCCACAAGGCCCUCCCUUCAGUAGAAGUCUACAGCAUCUCCUCCUCCUCUUCCUCUUCCACCUCUUCCUCGUCUUUGUCGUCCUCUUCCCGCUUCUCCUCUUCGCGCCCCUCCUCUUCUCUUCCCCCGUCUUCCGCCUCUUCUCCUCCUGCUCCUCCUUCUGCCACAGCUGCUGCCGGGGUCCCCUGUAUCGGCCUAGCAGUGCUAUCCCGCAGCAGUAGGGGCCUCUCAGGAGCAGCAGAGAGGGGCGGGGAUGGGGAGGAACGGGUGGUGGUGACAGUAGACGCACGAGGGGGGUGUGCUGUGCUGAGAGUGCGGCGGCCGGGUAUAGCGCUGGUGGAAGGGGUAGAGGGAGCGGGAGAGGAGGAGGAGGAAGGCGAGGGGAGGAGUGUGGAGGAAGAGGAGGAGAUGGCAGGGCGGGGAGUGAGUGAGAGGGUGCUACGAGGUCCCACCUCUUCUGCCUCGCAGGUGCUACAGCAGGUGCCAGCAGCGGUGCGCAAGGCAGCGGCAUCAUCAAUGGAGGGCAAGGCCAUGCUGCACUCCUGUGCCAAGGCGCUGCAUGCCUCUCACGUCGCCUACGCUCAUGCCGCAUACGUGGAGGUGCGGGCGCACGAGCAGUGGGCGCAGCAGCAGGUGGAGCAGCAGCAGGCGCGGGCAGAGCGGCUGCAGCGAAUAGCGCAGGUGGAGGGGGACGUGUGUGCGGGGCUAGCAGCGCGCGUGCAGGAGCGCCUGCGCGUGAACCAGCGCCUCAUGCACCGCGUUGAGAAGGCCCGCGCCCGGGCUUGUUGGGGCCGGCACACGCUCUCUCUGGCUGAGCGGCAGCUCAAGGGGGAACUUGGGCUGGACGGGCAUCAGGCAGUGCGGGUGCGGCGGGCGCUGGGGCAGCUGAGUGACACGGUGCAGCAGCUGGCGGACAUGGUGCGGGAGGUGGAUGCGGAGCUGCUUAGACUAGACAUGCAAGGGCUGCACUGCAACGGUGGUGCCGUGUGA